GUAUCUUGGAUAGCCCCCCCCCCCCCGUUGGAAUAUGUCGUUGUGCCCCUGGUGAUUAAUCGACGUGAACGCGCGUUGGGGUUCAUCAGAGGGGUUCACAUUUACCCCAAAAUCCUGCUCAAUUUGCGACGAACAUCGGGGUAGACUGCACAUAGACUGUAAUUACAGAGUGUGAUGAACCACAGUCAAGAUUCAUCACUUUAGUGUCUGGCCACACACGGGUGCUCCUGACGAGUCCGCGGUGGUUGUGCACGCCUGUGAUACUCGCGCUUGGGAGGCAGGGGUUGGUGGAUCACACAGAGAUUUGUGAAACGCUCUGUUGCGCUGCGAGAUGCUCAGGCGAUGGCAGUGCCGCAAAUGGGUUUACGAACACGUCUGUGUGGACCUUUGAGCAUCAUCCCCGGGUCCGCGUGGUGGGUUUUCUUCCGGUUCCUCCGGCAUGAAUCCAAACUCUCAUGGCCGAAUAUCCCAAUGGAGCAGGACCCUCCUGCAAGUGUGUUUGAGACUCGGAUUCUUUUGUCUGAAUUAGUUGAGCGCUGGUAUGGUUCAGAAGCGCGCGGUCACAGCUGAACAUUACAGAGCAAACACUGACAAGUUCGCAGAAUCGCAUCGAGAAUGAUACAGCGGCAGAAAGAGGAGCGUGUGGAUUAGGGAAGAUACGCAGGUUAGAGACAUCACCCAAACUGCUCAGAAACGUGAGUGGGGCUUGGGCAGGACACGGCACAGCCGGGAGGGACCAUAGCCAAGAAUAAUAAUGGAGCGGCAGCCUAGGAAUGGAACACGAUUGAGAGCACCUCCACCGGGGAGUUGGAUAAAUGAAAUCAGUUCACCUGCAGGUGCUGGAUGGAUCGUCACAUCGCAGGAUCGUCACAUCGCAGGAUCGUGAGAGGUGGUGGUGGCUUGGGGAGGCCUUCAUCCAGCAGUCGAUCGAUCAUGGCUGGUCAUUAUUAUUUUGAAGGACCGUGCGAGUUCACAGAAGCAGAGAUUCCCGGUUUGGUGUGGUCACAAUGAGUCUCUUCUGUGUGACCUUGCACUAUGCACACUACACACGCGCACCACGGGUCAUGCGUGAGACUGGCGAGUGGCAACGUGAAACGAGGGAGGUCACGAACCCAGCUGACCUCGCUUGCUCUCUGUGUCACUUCCAGGCGGGGCUCGGCCGCGGGCGACACAGGGCGCAGCUCACCCUGCCAGUGGUGCGCCUGGAGGAGGUGUGGCGCCGCUCGCAGUGCCGCCCCGCGGAGCGCAUGGUGUCCGUGGCCUCGGAGCGGCAGGGCGCCGUGGAGUGGUUCUUCCGCCCAGCGUGCGUCGCCCUGCGCCGCUGCUCGGGCUGCUGCGGGGACGAGUCGGCCCGAUGCGAGGCCACGGCCACGGCCAACGUCACCCUGCAGGUGUUGCUGAUCAGGCCGCUCCAGGAUCAUCGCCUGGAGGAGAUGACGUUUGUGGAGCACACGGCGUGCGAGUGCAGGGAGCCCGCCCAGCAGCAGCCGCCGCCGCCGCAGCAGCAGCCGGCGCCAGAGAGCCGGACACCGCAUCGCAACGGGAAGAAAGAGCCGGGUGUCAGGAGAGAGCGGAAGAAACACGGCCGCAAGCCGCCGAGCAAUGCCCCCGGGUGCCCCCCCUGUGCCCCCCGCCACGCGCACCUCUACCGGCAGGACGCACGCACGUGCCAGUGCGCGUGCAAAGCCACAGACGCGCGGUGCCGGCGGCGAGGCCGCGUGUUCAACCCACACACGUGCAGGUGCAAUGGCCGUCGGAGGAGGAGGAGGUGGGAAGCUCUGAACAGGAGCGGCUCGACGUCGCCACCGCGGCCACCGUGAGGAGUCGGGGGACAGCGUCCUCGGUCUCCACGUGGCUCCGUCCCCCAGGGCGACACGGGGCUUGGGGCAGGAGGAGGCUGGUCCCCGGGGCCCCACGCGGCCCC